CGGCAGCAGUUUUAGCAGCGCAUGCCUCAUUGCACGUGUUCCCAGCCUGAGUGGGUUUUGGUUCAAUACACCGUGCGUCUCGCUUCUCAAGAUGGCGUCUUCGGAAGAAGAAACUUUGUUGUUUAUCGACAUUUACAGGUCGUUUCAACUGUUAUGGGACCACAACCAUCGAGACUACACUAAUAAAACAAAACGUAGCGAUGCUUUGACUGAGAUGAGCAGCAAGUUAAACAUCGACGUGAAGAGUGUGAAAAACAAAAUAAAAUGUUUGCGUUCAUACUUUUCUAAGGAACGCCAAAAAGUGUUUAAAAGAAAAAUCACCGUCGCCCGCAAACUGUUGGAUUGUUCACGUCGCAUUUCGCUGUCCACAUCAGAAGCUGUAAAGAUUUUUAUAGGCCAGGUUCUGAUGCCGACUACAAGGCUGUGGCCACUGGUAACUGCCACCCUUCUGGCAACAGCUAGUCCACUGGCUGCAUGUCCAUCAGUCUGCAGAUGUGACGUCUUCACAUGGAACAGUUCCAGGGGGCAGUAUGUAAAUGGCACCAACUGUUCCAAUGCUUCAUUGACUGGUAUUCCUCUCGGUCUCGAACACAGCAUCACAAUUCUAAUUGUUUCUUACAACAAUAUCACUGCAGUUAGAAACAACGAGUUCUUAAAGAUGAGGUUGGGAGAACUGAAUCGUAUCGAUCUCAGCAGUAAUGGACUGAUGACAAUAGAAGAGGAAGCAUUCCAAGGUCUCCAUAAAUUGAAUGAACUCAGGUUGCAGAAUAACAAACUAACUGACCUUCAUCCUAAUACUUUCAGGGAGACAUUCAGCCUUGUUCGGUUGGAUGUUGGCGAAAACUCCAUCGGUCAUAUUCACAUUAACACAUUGAUGAAUACCAAGAAACUCAAAUAUUUCAACAUAGGGAACAACUGGGUGAAAUCAAUUCACCCUGAUACAUUCAAGUAUAACACAGAACUUAUCAGCAUUAACAUAAGUAGCAACCUCCUCAGUGAAAUUAACUACAACACUUUUGCCAGUAAUUUUGAAUUAUUGUACCUCAAUAUUAGUAACAACAGAAUAUCAAUUCUUAGUGAAAAAACUUUCAAGAAUAACAGAAAUCUCUGGAAGCUUGACUUGAGUAAGAAUGCAUUUUCACAGAUUCAUCAUGAGAUAUUUAAGAACAAUUUGAAAGUCUCAUACCUGUAUAUCAGUCAUAACAUGAUCAGCGAACUCCAUCAAGACACAUUCAGGUACACCAAUCUCAGCAAUUUAUUUCUGAGUUACAACAUUCUCUCCUCUUUGCCUUCCAACACAUUUGAAACCAACAAAUAUCUGAAGACUGUAGAUAUCACCAACAACAGACUCACCUCACUUAAUGCUAACACAUUCAUAAUGACCAGCAAGCUGGAGAACCUGCACAUGAACGACAACAGAAUUAGGUCUGUUCAUCACAGCACUUUCAAAAAUAACCCCAACCUUAAGUACCUCUUUCUAAGUAACAAUGAGAUUGACUCCAUCCAUCCUGACACAUUUACAAACAAUACAAAUUUACUCUACCUAACCAUGAAUAACAACUCAAUAAGCUCUGUUCACCCAGAUACAUUCAGAUACAACUCCAAACUCAAUUCUUUGCAUCUCUCCAACAAUAGGAUCACUUUCCUCCAACCUGAUACAUUCAGCAAUAUUACUGCACUUCGAUCUGUCUAUAUAGAUAACAACAUCAUCAAUGAAAUUCUCCCUAGCACAUUCAAAAACAAUUCCAGACUAACAAACCUGUACCUUAGUAACAAUAACAUUAGUUACUUACAAGCAAGUACAUUCGAUGGAAAUAAUGGCAUCCGGGCAUUGGACCUCAGUCAAAAUAGACUUGCAUAUCUUCAUCCAGAUACAUUCAGUAAUAACAAUUAUUUGCUGACUAUUGAUAUAAGCAGAAACAGAAUCACAUACCUUCAUCCUAAUACUUUCAAAAAUACAACGCGCAUUGGGAACCUCCUUGUUGGGAGUAAUGCAAUAAAUUCCCUACAUCCUACCACGUUCAUUAAUAACAACAAGCUGAGGACGCUCAAUUUCAGCCACAACAAACUCACCUAUCUACAUUCAGACACACUGAUGAACACCGAUUUGAGGUAUUUGGAUUUAAGCAAUAAUAAAAUCAGUUCACUCCAUCCUGAUACCUUCACGAAGAAUUUACAUCUGCAGGAAUUAUACCUCAAUAACAAUGAGAUAAGAUCCCUUAACCCAAAUAUAUUCAAGAGUAUUCUCAUGUUACAGAAACUGGAUCUUAGUGAAAACAAAAUCACACAUCUUGAUAGUAAUAUGUUCCGUAACAAUAACAAACUUUACCAUUUUAAUAUCAGUUAUAACAGUGUAAGUUCUUUGGAAUCUCAUAUGUUUCUUAACAAUACUAAUCUGAGAAUCAUGGACCUCUCGCAUAAUAAUUUAACAUUUCAAAAUAAUAGUCCUAUUCUUACAGCGCCAAACUUAAGUGCCCUAUUCCUAGGGUUUUGUAACAUUAAACACCUUCCUGUGGUUGCUUUUCAAAAUUUAACCAUGCUACAAAAACUCAAAUUGAAUAAUAAUUAUCUGGAGACAUUAGAGAAUCAUUCAAACAAACAGCCACUGAAGAGUUACACUAUUUCUGGAAAGCAAGUCAAUUUACUUUACAGCCUGAAAGAACUAGAAAUAUUAGAUAUUUCCAAUAAUAAGUUGAGAAGUGUAACUAGAAGUUUAGUACGUGACCAUGACAAGUUGACAUGGCUAAGUAUUUCAGGCAACCCCUUAUCUUGUGACUGCAAAUUGCAAGACAUAUGGAAAUGGUGCUUUGAACGGUAUGCAACAACACAUAUUGCCUCUUGUGAUGAGCUGGAUGUAUGCUCCUGGGACUUUGUGAGUAGACUUUCAUGUGAUGCAACCUAUCACAGCAUAUCACAUCUGUCAACAUUAACAGCGUUAAUAACUAUAUCUGUUCUGGUACUACUGUUUGUUGUAGUUGUAUGUAAGGUCAUACCCAGACACGUGGUACAGGAGAACUGGCCUGGAUCAUGUGAUAGAAUUGUGACAUGUUUCCGUGAAACUUUCAAUGCAGCUGUAAGUUCAUGCAUGACAUUCAUCAAUACAAGAACAUACCGAAAGGCCUGUUCUUCAGUUUCAUUGCCUGAUGAUAUGUAAACUUUACAUUAUAGACAGUUGAAACAGGCAGAAGUGGCAAUCUAUACAAAUAGAGCUAGUUCAGAUAUCCCCAUGUCCUAUGUGAGUAGAAACAAGAAAACUGACAGCAAAUUUAAUUUGACAGCCAAGUAAUAACCACACAGAGUAUGUAUCACCACUUCAUUCACAUUUCAUAAUCAGUUCAAAAAUGACAAAAUAAAGAUAUACCCCUUUACAUCUUUAGGACAUAUCCCGAGUGUGGCUGAUACACUCCACACAAUGUAGCUACUCCACUUGUUCCACCCUACUUCUGCCGCCAUUUUCAAGAGUCAAUGAACAAAUAAAUAAACAUCUAUCUAAUAAAU